GCCUCAACAGCCAGCAAGCUUGGAGAUCAGACUCACGGCUUCGUAUUCUCCAGAACGUUCAUCGACAUCUACGCACCUUUCAUCUACCGGUUCACUCGUAUAACACUUCGUUGACCAUGGAACGUUAUGCUAAACUUGAGAAGAUUGGUGCAGGAACAUACGGUGUCGUCUACAAGGCUCGAGAUGUGAACACGGAACAGAUUGUAGCGCUCAAGAAGAUUCGUCUCGAGGCAGAAGACGAAGGCGUACCGAGCACCGCCAUCCGAGAGAUCAGUCUCCUCAAGGAACUCAAGAACGACAACGUCGUGAGGUUACUCGACAUUGUCCACGCCGACCAGAAACUGUACCUCGUGUUCGAGUUCCUCGACGUCGAUCUGAAGAAAUACAUGGAACUGGGCAAUAACUCCGGUCAACCGAUUUCACUAGACCUUUGCAAGAAAUUCACUCACCAACUUACCUCGGGUCUUUUAUACUGCCACUCACACAGGAUUCUUCACCGUGACUUGAAGCCACAGAAUCUGCUCAUCGACAAGUAUAAUAAUCUCAAGCUCGCCGAUUUCGGUCUUGCUCGCGCCUUUGGUAUUCCUAUGCGUACCUACACUCAUGAAGUCGUGACACUUUGGUAUAGGGCUCCCGAAGUCCUGCUUGGCUCCCGUCAAUACUCGACCGCUAUCGACAUGUGGUCCGUGGGGUGCAUUUUUGCAGAGAUGGUUAUGAGGGGCAAUCCUCUCUUCCCCGGUGACUCUGAAAUCGACCAGAUAUUCAAGAUCUUCCGGAUACUGGGAACACCGAACGACGAGACGUGGCCUGGGAUCCGCGCUCUGCCCGACUAUAAGCCUACAUUCCCCCAAUGGUCAAAACAGGACCUUGGGGAGCAGGUGCCGUACUUGGAUAGGGCAGGACUUGACUUGCUUCAACAAACUUUGGCAUACGACGCUGCAAGGCGCAUCUCAGCUAAACGGGCAAUGAAGCACCCCUACUUCGCUGACUAUCCAUGAUGACCUCCGCCUCUCCUCCACUUCUUACCCCAUCCACAUAUCCUUCUUCUUCCAAUCACGUCCUCCACUCAUAUGCAUCCUGGCCCAUAUAGUCUGGCCUAGUCUUUUUCUCUCGCGUUCGCUUCUCAUUUCCUUUCUGUGAUGUUUCCUCCUCCGCAUUGUGUGUCAUAGUCAUAUCCCGCAAACCCUCCUAUUGUUAGUCAUCCCCGUACUGCAUCUCAUUUCACGUCCCACCCCGUCUCGUGUUUCCCAUUGUCAUAGUCGUUGUCGUCAUCGUUGCAUCUCGUUCGACCUUUCGAACCUCUUUCAAGUUCACGUCACUCUUUCCGUCGCGAUCAUCCCUCUUUGCCCUUCUCCCUUGUUGUUCAAUCGUCGUCCCUUUCCCUUCAAUCAUUUGUUCUUUUCUUUUCAUGAUAUGCUAUACAUCUGUGACAUGUUAGUGAUCUUUUAGUUGUCCCUGAUGAUUUCAACGUCUGCCGUGUUGACUUUUUUUGACACGUUUAUGGAUGAUUCCCAGUGCAUAACGCAUGAACGAUGAUCCAUAUAUGACAAUUUGUUCAGUCCGUCAUUCGGGAUCCCUUUUGCGGUGAUUGCAGCGAUUUCACUUCUUCCUCUUCGUCGUAGUUUGCAGGUCGCUGUGUAGCAGUUUUAUUUUGACCGUGGCUUAGUUGGUUUCCCCUUGGCCUCUUCACUUCGACCACCACUACCACCACCGUCAUCAUAUACUCCCAACCCGAUGCAUAUGUAGAUCAGGCUCGGGUCACAUAUUUGGGUUUUCGAAUGGUUUCGGUGGUCAGCUACUCCUGUGUCGACUGGGGUCCAGGAAGACGAGUUUGAUAGUUUCCGCGUACGAUAUUACCGUAGGUACGCGGAUGUACAAGAUGAAGUGUUCUGUUACGAUAUAUGUUUUUCUACCCCUUGAAUUUGACCCCUUUGUACUUGAUUUUCCGACACUUCUGACCGUCCUGAGUUUCAGUCGUGGGCCACUCAACCAAUAUGGUAAAUGGGACACCUGCUAUAGCCCCUAUUCGAGUCGAAGCUCGAAGAGUGCAGUUGCGUUUCCCGUCCAAGUCGCAAUCGUAAUUUUACAACUCAAACCUCGACCACCGCAACUCACUCCUCGUCCGUUACACGAAUGACGACCUUGCCGACGUGCUUCUGAGCCUUGACGUACUCGAAAGCCUCCUUCGCCUGCGAGAAUGCAAACUCUUUGUCGAUGACGGGUUUCAAGCCUUUCCCUUCGAUAAACCUGACCAUGUCCUCUAGUUCCGUUCUUGGUCCAAUCAAUAUGCCCUUAUAAGUAACAUGCCUUCUAAUCGCCAAAACCGCGAUCCCCACCUCAUCCUCACUGAUCCCCUUCCCCCCAAGAUAGCCAAUCGCAUUAAUCAACCCCCCAAACCUCACCGCCCCAAAACUCCUCACCAACGUAUGCUGUCCUCCCACCUCAAUAACCUGAUCCGCGCCCCUCCCAUCCGUAAGCCUCAGCACCUCGGCGUCCCAAUCUCGCGUCGUAGUGUAAUUGAUCGUGUGCGUCGCGCCGAGGGAGGUGGCGAGCGCGAGUUUGGAGGCGGAGGAGGAGGUGAUGAUGGUGGAAGCGCCGGCGAGAGAGGCGAUUUGGAGCGCGAAGAUGGAGACGCCGCCUGUACCGAGGAUGAGCACGGUUUGGCCAGGUUUGAGAGGUUGGAGGCCGUAGAGAGCUGUCCAGGCCGUGCCUGCUGCUAUGGGCAGCGUACUUCCCUGUUUAUCACAUUCACAAUCGCAGGUAGGUGAGUAUUGUAGGUAAGUCACUGGUUUGGAGACCGACUCAGAGGGUACCUAGACGAACCUGAGCAUACGUAUAUCCAUCCGGUAAUCUCAACAAACUCUUCUCCUCGAAUAUUCUAUAGCUCUGCAGGACGCCCUCGAGCGGUAAUCCCAGCCCACUCUCCCUCAGAAUUUCCUGCGUAAUCUCCCCAGCGACGUGCUCCGUAUUAAACACACUCAUCACUCUAUCUCCCGUGCUCAACCUCUUCACUCCUGCUCCUACACUAACGAUCUCACCACCGAAAUCGCUGCAUGGAACCAAGCACGGUUCGGAUGAUGAAUUGCCGGCUGCGCCAGAGGCGGUCAUCCCUUUGUGGUGCGUGUAGAGCCCGGAGAUGACUUCGAUGUCGCGAUAGUUGAGGGAGACGGCAUGGAUGCGGACGAGGACUUGGGUGGGAAGGAGGGAGGAGGAUGAGGGGAUGGGGACGUCGUGUUCGAGUUGGAGGGUGGAGAUUGAUUUAAAGUCGGUCGUCCAACGGUCCAUCGUGGCCAUGUUUUUAUUAUUAUCUCAGGUUAGAAAUCGAACUUGCUCGAAAGUUAGUGUAUGAAGUCGGAUGAGGGAGGGUGUCGGAAGAGGAAAUA